CAGAGAAGCCCGAAGUUGGUUACCAAGUGCUCUGCACGAUUCUCCCGGUUAGAGCUACAGUUUCUACAAGGGCUGGGUCAAGCUUCUUCUUGCCGUCAACAGCGUUAAAAACGGGUACUGUGGACGGUAAGAAGUAGCUGGUCCCCCGGAGACAUCGCACAUCAGCAAAUUGAGCAAAAUGAGCUUCUUGUUUGGGAACCGUUCAUCCAAAACCUUUAAACCCAAGAAGAACAUCCCCGAAGGCUCUCAUCAGUACGAGCUCUUGAAGCAUGCAGAGGCCACACUUGGCAGCGGAAACCUGCGGAUGGCGGUGACGCUACCGGAUGGAGAGGACCUCAAUGAAUGGGUGGCCGUGAACACGGUGGACUUCUUCAACCAGAUCAACAUGCUGUAUGGGACCAUCACAGACUUCUGCACAGAGGAGAGCUGCCCUGUAAUGUCUGCUGGGCCAAAGUAUGAGUACCACUGGGCUGAUGGGACCAACAUCAAAAAGCCAAUAAAAUGCUCUGCUCCGAAAUACAUUGACUAUCUAAUGACUUGGGUCCAGGACCAACUAGAUGAUGAAACACUGUUCCCUUCUAAAAUCGGUGUGCCGUUCCCCAAGAACUUCAUGUCGGUGGCCAAGACCAUCCUGAAGCGGCUGUUCCGCGUCUACGCCCACAUCUACCACCAGCACUUUGACUCGGUCAUGCAGCUGCAGGAGGAGGCCCACCUCAACACCUCCUUCAAACACUUCAUCUUCUUCGUGCAGGAGUUCAACCUGAUUGAGCGAAAGGAGCUAGCACCUCUGCAGGAGCUGAUCGAGAAGCUGACAACAAAGGACAGAUAGACGGAGAGGUGGAACGGGGGGGGGAGAGAAGAGUGACCCCAGUACACGACUAACUUCUCCUCUGUUCCCUGCUGUUCUCCUUAACUCUGUACAGAUGUCCGUCUUGCCUUGACUACCUACAAAUCUCAGUCGCACACCAUUGCUAAAAUAAUUUCUUAACCAAUGGAGGAGAGUAGUAUUGUCACUAUAUCAUAGAAAUAAUCCUGCCCAGAAGAUCCUGUUAAGAACAGAAAAAGUGGGGACCCAGGCUAACUAUAGAGACGUCUUAUACAGGCACCUCUUCUUGUUCAGGUCUAGUUAUAUGGUCAAAUGGACAUUAGGCCAAUGGGUCUUGAUUAGGCAAAUGGGGAAUAGAGAUGGCGUCUCCCUUCAGUUUGGGUAGGUCUUCUAAUGAAAAGGUACUACAUUGCUGCCACCUAGUGGUUGAAUAACUUCACUACUUCUCUAUCUGGCAGCUCUUGAGUGUUUUUUUUUGUUUUGUUUUUUUUUAACUGUUGGGGUGUGCCAAGUUGAAAUUAUGUAGUGAUCCAGACAGUAGGAUGGAUAAAGAUGAAUUGAUGAAGAUAUCCUUGUUUCCUAUGCAAUCAUAAGAAAAUUAUCUUUCUUUUUUCCCCGUUCGGUGAGGUUGCACAGAAUGUGUCAUGGAUAUGUUUUAUCAUCCAGCUACAGUGUCAUUCAUUGUACGAUUACAUUAAUCUGAACAGGCUUUCAUUUGAAAAGGAUGUUGGUAUUUCAUAUUUGCAUGAAGAGGUGCAUUGAGUAUACUGCAGAGCUAUGAACAGGUGAUCCACAGUAAGAGUGCUGGUCACUUAAAAUUAUAAGAACACUAUUUUAGAGUACCGAUAACUGAGUUGUAUGAAUAAUAUGCGUGAUCGUCAGGUGUAUGACAACACAGUUCUGGUUUAGGCUUAAACAUGAAUUUCCCCCUUGCUGAAGCAUUCAGCAAAGCAUACAGUAUGUGAAAGACUCAACUGAAGAAACUGGUUGAGCUGGUGUGUGAUUCCGAAAAUUAAGCCUUUUUGCAUCAAACCAUUUGUGUUUUGUUUCUGCUAUAGAAAUAGAUUACAAUACCACACUAACUUUCAUUUAAAGGUUUCAAAACUGAUUUAGUGGCACCUCUUUAUUUGUGUUGUGUUGAAACCUCCUGGUUUGGUUUUUGACCAUAGAACUUGUUCCUCUAUGAAUUCAAUAUGAAUUCAGUAUUUUGUCAACAUACACCAUUUUGGAAAGAAGCAUUCCAUGAAUGUGAUGAACUGGAGCAGCGGGGUACUGUGACCAUGGCUGUGUUACUGACGGUGCCAACAGUUGUUAAGCAUGCCAGGCUAGGUGUUAACUUUGUAUGAACCCUAAUUUUGCCUCUGACAUAGAGUAUAUAUUUUCCCUGGAGUGUGUCAUAGGUGUAUGUUUUCAAGCAGGUUGUAAAUAAUGUUUAAAAGCUGUGGAAUGCAGCUACUGAUAGCAUUUCAAAUGUACGGAACACUUUGGUAAACAAAUGAUGCUGUAAAUAUGCCUAAUAAAAUGUUUGGCCAUUA